AUGAGUACGGCUCUUUUAGAUAACCUAACGACAGAGGUGGUGGCGCUCAAUGAGGCUGGAACCACGACAUUCAGUGAUAUUGCUAGCGAAUCGCAAGACUUUCUUAACGAAUUGAAACUGAUUGAGUCCUCUCUAGAAGAACAACUACGGUCAGAGGAAAGCCAGGAGAGUGUGUCGGAUACGUUUGAUGUCAAGCUAUUGGAGAAUUGCACAGAUACUUGGUACAAGAAGUCCAUAUCCAGUCUUAAAGGGUACAAUUCACAAAUCAAUAAAUUUCUGAAGAAUAUACUUAAUAAUAGCAGAUACAAUAUCGAUUUAGAUGAGUCUUAUACGUAUCCGUUAAACUUGCAUAACUACCCAAUUAAAGACCCAAAGAAGAACCCUACCACUGGAGAAGUUCUGGAAGGCACGAUUGAGUAUAUAAAGGGAGAAAAUCAAAUGGAGUUAUUGAAAGCAAUUAUAUUGCAUUUACUUAAAAUUGGCCAGUGUGACAUUGUCAGGGAGUUGGUUAAGGAGAUGUUUCCCAACGAUGAAGUUGUUAUUGAAAACGAACUCCUAGCCAAAUUUAAAUUAUUGAAUGAAAUAGUUGAUGAUAUCACAAUUCGUCAUGAUUUGACUAGAGUAUUGCAGUGGUUUAAAGAUAAGUAUAAUAAGAAUGUGGCCCUAUCUUCGGGUAUAAGCCAAUUAACAAAUGCAAGUCCACUGUCCAAUUACGAUGAGAUUGAAUUCAAAUUCCAUAUCUUACAAUUUAUAUUGCUACUAAACGGUGAUAAAGAUAAUCCAUCAACCACUAGUCUUGACUCUGCCGCUGAAGCUUACAUGUAUUCCAAAGAAUAUUUCCCCAGAUUCUCCAAAGAAUAUAUCCACGAAUUAUCACCACUCAUGACUCUUUUGUUGUUCAAAACAGAUCGAGAUAGUGAUGAUGAUUUUGCUAAGAAACAUGUUUUCAGCCUUUUGACCGAUCUAGCCAACAAAAUGAAGCAAACUUACGAUCUAUAUAAAGAAAAGAAGAAAGAUCGUGCAAGCGAAUCCCAAUUUUUAGGUGAAUUAUUAGCUAACUUCCAAAAUAUUCAUCUGCAACAACAUUUAUUUAUAAAUCUAUCAAAUGAAUUUAUAUCCGAAUACUGUAAGGAUAUGAAGUUAUCCAAUGACUCUUCACUUUUCCAAGCAAUGUUGGCUGGUUUCAUCAAUCUACCAAAUUUUCAAAAAUACAGUCUGCUUCAAAAGAAAUUGGGCAAAACUUCCAAAGCUUCGGUAUCGUUGGAUUCCGCUGCUAGACCAGAUAUUAAUCCUGGGAACAACAAUCCCCCCACUAACAGAGCGACCGGUGACUCAAACAUUAAAAGGGUUAAUGUUGAAGCACCCUAUAACUUUGAUCUACCAUUUCUGCUUCCUGAUUCCAAUAGGUUUUUAUUUAAAUAUCAUCCAAUUUUCAUUUGUCCUGUUUCUAAAGAACAGCUUAUACCACUAACCACCAAUAGUUCGUCACUAUCCGAAGCAGAACACAAGAGAAAGAAAAAGAAGAAAGGCUCAAACGACCCAGACCCUUUGAAUUUCGUAUACAACCCAGUCGUGGUGCUAGAGCAUUGUCAGCAUUUGGCUUUGAGAGACAGUAUUUGGCAAUUAUCCAAAAGAGGUGCAGAUAACUUUAAGUGUCAUUAUUGCUAUAAAAAGCACCAGUUUUCCGAUGUCAGUGAUGGGUAUUUCAUUGAUCUCUAAUCUCCUCUCCUCAUGAUUUAUGUAUUUGCAAUUAAUUCCAUCU